GACUUUUAUUUUCCUUGGGAAUAAAAUUGUCUCAAAAGAUCCUUUUUUUUUUUUCCCUGCGGUGAAAAUACAAUCUCUACGGAGGGGAAAUCUGGAAAUGAAGAGAGUUCUCUGUGUGUUUUUCUGUGUUUGGCUGGCUGCUCUUGAAAGGACAGAUCUGGUGUGUGGAUAUUCUAUGAUCCCACCUACUCUUAACAUCUCAGAGGAAGAACUUGUCAUCAACUCCAAUGACACAUUAACCAUUAGCUGCAGGGGACAGCGGCCCCUGCAGUGGUCGUGGCCCGGGGGCUCUAAAGACACAGAUAUCGACACAAAAUAUAAAGACGCUGGGGUGGUUGUAAAUACCGGCAACGGACGCACGGUGACAGAGGAAGAGUGUGACGGUGUCGCAGGCAAGCCUUACUGCAAGGUGUUUAAGCUGGUUGGUGCUCGAGCUAAUGACACCGGCUCUUACUGCUGCCACUACAAAUUCAUCGAUGCCAAGAUCAAAGGGACCACUGCUGCCAGCAUCCAUGUAUUUGUGAGAGAUUGGGAGCAGCCUUUUAUAAACAAUCUCGGGACGCUACUAAUUACUAAGGAAAGCACCAGAGUUCCAUGCCUCGUAUCAAUUCCAGACCUUAAUGUAACACUGUACACGCCAAAUUCAGUCAUUAAACCAGAUGGAAAGAGUGUUACAUGGGACAAUAAAGAAGGAAUGCUGGUUCCUACAGAAAGGAUAAGAGAUGCCCUCCUACUGCGGUGUAGAACUGUCAUUGACAGAAAAGAGUUUCUAUCCAAUUACUUUUUUGUCCACUUUACAGGAAUCCAGUUCUAUGAUAUGCAACUGAUUCCAAAGAACACUGUGGAGUUAUUGGUCGGAGACCAGUUAGUUUUGAACUGCACCGUGACAGCUGAAUUCAAUACCCCAGUCAACUUUAACUGGGACUAUCCUGGUAAAAUGACUGAUCGCUAUGUGAUCGAGAACUCCGAUCGACGGCCACAGCAGGACCACACCGAGAUGUACAGUACACUGACUGUGCCUGACGUAAGCCAGGCAGACCUGGGGAAGUACGUUUGCCAUGCUAUCAGCGAGACGUGGCAAUACCAGGAGAGCUGCGAGGUCAUUGUACAUGAAAAACCUUUCAUCAGUGUAGAGAACAAGGAGAAGAAGGUGAUAGAGGCCACAGCUGGAGAAAAGAUAGUAAAGCUGUCGGUUAAAGUCUCGGCAUACCCACCUCCCUCAUUCCAGUGGUUUAAAGAUGGGAAGCUGAUACCAUUUAGUAGCAUCUACAGCAAGUACCGUCAGGCCCAGCAUGCUUUGCAGAUCCGGGAUGUGGUGGAGCUGGACGCAGCAACAUACACGCUGGUGCUAAGGAAUGAGCAAGCUAGUCUAGAAGAAAGAAUAAGCUUGCAGCUGGUGGUGAAUGUCCCACCCCAGAUCCAUGAGAAGGAAGCUUCGUCACCUGGUAUUUAUGCUCAAGGUAGUCGUCAAGCCCUUACCUGCACUGUGUUUGGGGUUCCAGCUCCAACAUCUAUCCAGUGGCAGUGGAGGCCGUGGACUCCAUGCAAAAUGUAUUCUCGCCGCAGUGUAGCAAGGCAGAGGUCCUCUCGCAGACAUCAGCGUGACCGAAUGCCCGAGUGCAAGGACUGGAAAGACGUAACCCCGGAUGGGGCGGUAAACAACAUUGAAAGCAUUGAGACUUGGAGCGAGUUUGUGGAGGGGCGGAAUAAGACAGUUAGCAGGCUGGUGAUCCAACAAGCCAACAUCUCCAUCAUGUACAAAUGUUCUGCUUCCAACAAAGCUGGGAGAGACGAAAGACUCGUAUACUUCUAUGUUACAACAAUCCCAGAUGGUUUCCGAAUUGAGCCUCAGCCUUCAGAAGAGCCAAUUGAAGGCCAAAAUGUCAGCUUGAGUUGCCACGCGGACAGCUAUACCUAUGAGAACCUUCAAUGGUAUCGCCUGAACCUCCUGACCCUGGAUGAUGCAGAAGGAAACCCACUUAUGCUGGACUGUAAAAACAUUCAUCAGUAUGCAGCCAAAAUACAGGGAGAGCUCCAGCACAAAUCAGGCUCUAAUAGUGCCGUCCUGGUCCUCAACAUUCCAAAUAUUUCCCUGGAUGAUGAAGGGGACUAUGUGUGCGAAGUGCAGAAUCGCAAGACCCAAGAGAAGCACUGCCACAAAAAGUAUAUCUCCGUACUGGCACAAGAAGCCCCGCAUCUGAGACAGGACCUGACUGACAAGAUGGUGAACGUGAGUGAUUCCAUGGUGAUGCACUGUAGAGCUGAUGGAACCCCAAGUCCCAACAUCCUUUGGUACAAGGACAACAAGCUUGUUGAAGAGGUCUCAGGCAUUGUUCUAGAAGAGCUGAACCAGACGCUGAGCAUCCAACGAGUCAGAGAGGAGGAUGCCGGGUUGUAUCUUUGCAGAGCCUGUAAUGGAAAGGGUUGCGUGAACUCUUCAGCUAGUGUGUCAGUGGAAGGAAUGGAUGACAAAACAAAUGUCGAGAUUGUCAUACUCAUUGGAACUGGUGUCAUUGCUGUUUUCUUCUGGAUCCUACUUAUUCUUAUAUUCUGCAACAUCAAAAGGCCUAACCACAGUGAAAUAAAGACUGGAUAUCUAUCAAUCAUCAUGGACCCUGGUGAGGUACCUCUUGAGGACCAGUGUGAAUAUCUCCCGUAUGACUCCUCCAAGUGGGAGUUUCCAAGAGACAGACUAAGGCUCGGCAAAGUGCUGGGUCAUGGAGCAUUCGGUAAAGUGGUAGAAGCUGCAGCUUUCGGAAUAAGUAAAUCCAGCAGCUGUGAGACGGUGGCAGUAAAAAUGUUAAAAGAGGGAGCCACCGCCAGCGAACAUAAGGCAUUGAUGUCUGAGCUGAAAAUACUCAUUCACAUUGGACACCACCUCAAUGUAGUAAACCUCUUAGGGGCAUGUACCAAGUCCAAUGGACCCCUGAUGGUUAUUGUGGAAUUCUGCAAAUAUGGAAACCUUUCAAACUAUCUGCGGACCAAACGAGAUGGAUUUAUUCCUUACCGGGAAAGAUCACCUCGGGCUCAGAGUCAGGUUCGCUCACUGGUCGAGGCAGUAAUAGCAGAUCGGAGGAGCCGAGAAGGGUUGAAUGAAGGAGUUGUGUUCAAUAAGCUGAUGACAACCAAGAACCAGAGAACACCAGAAUUGAAAGAUUUGUGGCAGAGCCCUUUAACGAUGGAAGAUCUCAUCUGCUACAGCUUUCAGGUGGCUCGAGGAAUGGAAUUCUUGUCUUCCAGGAAGUGCAUUCACAGAGACCUGGCUGCAAGGAACAUUCUACUGUCAGAGAACAAUGUUGUGAAAAUCUGUGAUUUUGGGCUGGCCAGAGACAUUUAUAAAGACCCGGAUUACGUCAGAAAAGGCAGUGCCCGUUUGCCACUGAAGUGGAUGGCACCAGAAAGCAUUUUUGACAAAGUCUACACCACCCAGAGCGAUGUUUGGUCAUUUGGGGUACUGCUUUGGGAAAUCUUUUCACUUGGAGCAUCACCUUACCCUGGGGUUCAGAUCAAUGAGGAGUUUUGCCAGCGCUUGAAAGACGGGACACGCAUGAGGGCUCCAGAAUAUGCUACAACGGAAAUUUAUCGCAUUAUGCUGAGCUGCUGGCAUGGAGAUCCCAAGGAGAGGCCGACCUUCACAGAUCUGGUGGAGAUACUAGGAGAUCUUCUGCAGGAGAAUGUGCAACAGGAAGGAAAAGACUAUAUCCCUCUGAAUGACUCCCAGAGUUCUGAGGACAUGGAGUUCUCCCAAACAGCUAUCUGCCCGCAGCACAACUCAGAUGAGGAAGAAUGUGGCAUGAGGCUGCACUGUCAUGAUAUGGCUGUAAGAUACUAUAAUUGUGUUUCAUUUCCCGGCUGCUUCACUGGUGGAAACCAGAUUCGCUGCCCAUCAAGACUGAAGACCUUCGAAGAGUUUUCUAUGGCACACGUGUCAUAUAAAAAUCACCCGGACAAUCAGACAGACAGUGGUAUGGUACUGGCAUCAGAAGAACUGGAGAGGAUAGAAAACAGACACAGGACAGAGGAACAAUUCAGCAGUAAAGGUUCCCGUCGGAAUAAGGAGCUGACACCAGCACACUCCUCGCCUCAACAAAGGAGUCAGUCAUCAUACGCGCCGUGCACCGGAGGCCAGACGUUUUACAACAGUGAAUAUGGAGAGUUAUCAGAACACUCAGAGGGGGACAGCUACACACCUCCUGCGGGGUGCACCGUACCAGGUCUCAACCAUGAUUCCUUCUUCUCUGAUGAAAACUGAGGAUACUGCUGAUGGGAAAAAAGGCUUACGCAACUCCACAGCAACAUAUACUCCUACGGUUUAACA